AACAGACAUAUGGCGCCGGAAAGGGCGUUCAUCCGAAUGGACUCGUCAACAACAUGAAGAAUGGGAGGCGUUUCUAUACCAUCAGUGUCUUGCCCGGGACAGACGCUAUAUGCUGAAGUUACCUUUCCAGUGUCUCCUAGACAUCGCGUCGACCUUGGUCAGCUUAUCUACGAUCCCUCGCAUAAUGCUGGUUUUCUGUGAUAAUAUCUACUACGGCAUUUUGUGGUCAAAGAGCUAUAUCUAUGAGUGCGUUUGCCCAGACUGCUCAAUACGGGGAAUCAUAUUGAUCGUGAUGGGAGCUCUGGUUGGUUUGUUCUGCCUCUUGAACUUGUUAUUGAUAAGCUGGGAACACAGACGGUGGUCGUCUCUUGCAUUGAGUUUGUUUUGGGCAACAGGAU